AUCUGUCAAACAAUCAUUGUGCUUUGCUGUUGCAUAAACCACUUUCUUUUCCAAAUCCAAAAUGUCUAAGAGAGGACGUGGUGGUUCCGCGGGAGCCAAAUUCAGGAUUUCCCUGGGUUUGCCUGUCGGUGCAGUGAUCAACUGUGCUGAUAACACAGGAGCGAAAAACUUGUAUGUAAUCGCAGUCCAAGGUAUUGGCGGUCGAUUAAACCGUCUUCCGGCUGCAGGUUCUGGUGAUAUGAUUGUAGCAACCGUGAAAAAGGGCAAACCGGAACUUCGUAAGAAAGUCAUGCCUGCAGUUGUGAUCAGGCAACGGAAGCCGUUCAGAAGGAAGGAUGGAGUUUUUAUAUACUUUGAAGACAAUGCGGGAGUCAUUGUGAAUAAUAAAGGAGAAAUGAAAGGCUCGGCUAUCACAGGACCUGUGGCGAAAGAGUGUGCAGAUUUGUGGCCCAGGAUCGCUUCAAAUGCUAGCAGCAUCGCCUGAUUUGUAUGUUUCCUUUAUUUAAAAAAAAUGUAAAACAAAAAUAAAGUAUGAUCUUUACCAAAA